UACAUCAUACUUCAUAUUCUAUGAGAUCAUCAUAUGUUCGACCUGUGAGAACCACACAUCUCUAUGUCAUCAACAUUCAUCACAUAAACACUUCAUCCUCCAGUUUAUCAUCAACAUUCAUCACAUAAACACUUCAUCCUCCAAUUUAUCAUCAACAUUCAUCACAAACACUUCAUCCUCCAGUUUAUCAUCAACAUUCAUCACAUAAACACUUCAUCCUCCAGUUUAUCAUCAACAUUCAUCACAUAAACACUUCAUCCUCCAAUUUAUCAUCAACAUUCAUCACAAACACUUCAUCCUCCAGUUUAUCAUCAACAUUCAUCACAUAAACACUUCAUCCUCCAGUUUAUCAUCAACAUUCAUCACAAACACUUCAUCCUCCAGUUUAUCAUCAACAUUCAUCACAAACACUUCAUCCUCUAGUUUAUCAUCAACAUUCAUCACAUAAACACUUCAUCCUCCAGUUUAUCAUCAACAUUCAUCACAAACACUUCAUCCUCCAGUUUAUCAUCAACAUUCAUCACAAACACUUCAUCCUCUAGUUUAUCAUGAACAUUCAUCACAUAAACACUUCAUCCUCUAGUUUAUCAUCAUUCAUCACAAACACUUCAUCCUCCAGUUUAUCAUCAACAUUCAUCACAUAAACACUUCAUCCUCUAGUUUAUCAUCAACAUUCAUCACAAACACUUCAUCCUCCAGUUUAUCAUCAACAUUCAUCACAUAAACACUUCAUCCUCCAGUUUAUCAUCAACAUUCAUCACAUAAACACUUCAUCCUCCAGUUUAUCAUCAACAUUCAUCACAUAAACACUUCAUCCUCCAGUUUAUCAUCAACAUUCAUCACAUAAACACUUCAUCCUCUAGUUUAUCAUCAUUCAUCACAAACACUUCAUCCUCCAGUUUAUCAUCAACAUUCAUCACAUAAACACUUCAUCCUCUAGUUUAUCAUGAACAUUCAUCACAAACACUUCAUCCUCCAGUUUAUCAUCAACAUUCAUCACAAACACGUCAUCCUCUAGUUUAUCAUCAACAUUCAUCGCAUAAACACUUCAUCCUCCAGUUUAUCAUCAACAUUCAUCACAUAAAAACUUCAUCCUCCAGUUUAUCAUCAACAUUCAUCACAUAAACACUUCAUCCUCUAGUUUAUCAUCAACAUUCAUCACAUAAACACUUCAACCUCCAGCGUUGUUUAUCAGAAUGAUUCUGACUCCAUGUUGUUUGUGAAGAUGAAGACGCCACCAGAGAGGUCAGGGAUCACCUUCAAGGUCGGAGCUCAGCUAGAAGCACGAGACCGCCACAAGAAGUGGUACGUGGCGACCAUUGAGCAGAUCGACAGUGGGCGUGAGCGUCUGCAGGUGCAUUACCGCCGUUGGAGCCGGCGGCAUGACGAGUGGUUCCCCUGGACCUCGCCCUGCCUCAGGCCGCUGGAGCGCGUCAGCCUGAGGAGGCGGGGCCUGACCCCGGCCGGCUCGCCACCGAUGUUUGUCUCAGGAGAAAAGGUUCUGGCCUGUUGGACCGACUGUCGUUUCUACCCGGCUAAAAUCCUCAGAGUCAACAAGGAUGACUCCUACACAGUGCGUUUCUAUGACGGUGUGGUUCUGACGGUGAAGCCCACGAAGGUGAAGCCCUUCCAGGAAAAGUCCAGAUCUGAGAAGAGUGCGUUGGGAAGCGAGGGAUGGGAGGAAGGGGAGAGCGAAGAGGAUGUUGGAGAGGAGGAGAGGAAGGAGGAGGAAGAAGAGAGAAAGGAGGAGGAGGAGGAAACAGAGAAGCUGACAUCAGGAGAAGAGGAGGAGAGGAAGAGGAGGGCAGACUCUUCAUCCUCUCCUCCGCCAGCAAAGAAGAAAACAUACACUGAUUCUCUCCCAGGCAGAAACAGUGGAGCUCAGAAUCAGCCAAUCACAGCCGAGUGCACCCAGCCAGAUCCUCCAAGCCCCGCCCACAUGGACAGAGACGUCCUGUUGGAGCGCCAGGCUCACCUGCCCACCUCACACAAGUUCAGCCGGGAGCCUCUCUACAGGGUGAUCAGGAACCAGCCCCCCCCCAUCCUCUCCAUCGAGUUGGACCACAACCCCUUCAAGUGUCCCAGCUGCUCCAAGUCCUUCAGGAAGGCCGGGCUGCUGCACGACCACGUCAAGCACUACCACGCCACGCAGGCGCAGACGCCCAGGAGGAAGAGGUCGUCCUCUAAGGGCAGCGACUUCCUGUCGGACAGCAGGAGUGAGGACCAGUACGACGGUCACCACGGCGACAGGCGGCCCGGCGCCCCGGACAACGACGGGAAGAAGGGAGGAGGCCGGAAGGAGAGGAAGAGCUUCAAGCUGAGGGUGAAGCUGAAGAAGAAGAAGAAGAAGAAGAAGAAGAAGAAGAAGAAGCGCCAGUCAGCACUCGGCAGCAGCGACGAUGACGAGAAGCCUGCAGCGCCCCCGAGGGCUGGAGCCACGCCCCCUACAGUCGAUGACGGCAGUGACUGGUCGACGCUCACGGCGGAAAGCGGGGAGGACACGCCCCCUUGGCCCGCCGCCAUGGAAACGGACGAGUGUGAGGUGGUGAGGUGCGUGUGUGAGGUAGACGAGGAGAACGACUUCAUGAUCCAGUGUGAGUCGUGCCUGUGCUGGCAGCACGGUACCUGUAUGGGUCUGUAUGAGGACAACGUGCCACACAGCUACACCUGCUACUACUGCAGACACACGGCGGGCUGGAGGCGGGCUCAGCGCUUCCUGUCAGAACCGGACCUGCGCCUGCCGGGUCACAUGUUCGGGCUCUCCUGUGUGAAGCAGAACUACUCUGAGCUCAACGCGGCCGCCGUGUGUCACACCAGCCGCCUGCUGGCCCACGCGCUCGGCCUGCAGGCGGUGCUGAGCGGCCUGCAGCUGAAGAUCGGCCUGCUGAGAGCCCCGCCCCCAACCGACCUGCAGCUGUGGAGGCGGCCCUGGAGGCGGGAGGAGGGGCCGAGGGAGGAGGCGCCCGUCUGCUACGUCAGCAGCGAGCACUGCUACCAGAAACCAGGUGCAUCAUGGGAAAAGGAGCGGCGGGAGGACGACACCGAGCUGAGGGAGAUGAAGACUGAAGACCAGAAACCAUCCGACGACGGCUCCGCACACUCGGACCGCCGCCAACACACACACACACACACACACACACAAGAACACGCAAACGCACACGCUCGUGCGGCGCCCGAGGCCGAGUGUCAGCUGAACCUUCUGGAACACGUCGAGUCUCUUCACCUCCAGAUCAGCUCCAGGAUGGACAUGAUAGAGAGAGAGCUGGACGUUCUGGAGUCCUGGUUGGACCAAUCGGGUGAGCUCGAGCCCCCGGACCCUUUGUCCCGCCUCCCACAGCUCAAACAGCGAAUCAGGCGGCUGCUGCGUGACCUGUGCACCGUGAGACACCUGUCGGUCUGGCGCUGACACUCUGUUCCCCUCCCCCGAAAACUCUUUGACCUUUUGACCCCACCGGUGUCCGGUCGGCCGACGGAGGGCGAGUCGCCUCCCGCCGCGUCCGGAGAGACGAGCGCGCGGUCCGACCCCCGCGGCGGGGCGCGGCGCCCCCGGUGGUGGACAACACGUCUUCGCUCGCAGCGAUGGACUUCUGUCUGAUUUUUAAAAAGGUACCAGAACACGGGAUGGAUUCUUGAUGAGGCUCCCGAUUGGCCGAUGGACUCGUUAGCGUCCGGCUCGUUAACAGACGGCCAAUCGGACGCCUCGGCCUCUUUCCUCUCAGCAGAUUGACGGGUCGUUCAUUCUGAAGGGAGAAGAAAGAGCUGAGGUUCAUCAGGGAGGAGAAGGAUCACAUGCUGAGGACAAACAAACAAACAAACAAACAAACACCUGGGCUGGAGACGAGCUGCUGCUCUCAUCUUUAAAGACGACGUCGUUUAAAUCACUUCAGAAUAUGAAGCGGGAAUGUUUUAUUUCACUAGAUGAAUAAAAAAUGGUCUUUACACAUAUACACAUAUAUAUAUAUACACAUAUAUAUAUACACAUAUAUAUGUGUAUAUAUAUUCAUAUACAGGCACGUGCUCAGACAUUUUGGGGGGCAGGUGCUCAAACCAAAAAAAGGGCACCCAAUGCCAAAAAAAGAAUUGUGACGGAGUUGAAGCGUCAGCAGCGUUACACGGAUGAUGCAAUACGUCCUCCACCUGGUCUCCUCUGGCAGCAUCAGACCACUAGCUUACAUGUUCUUAUUGAAUAAAGAUGAAUUAUUAUAGAGCAACAA